CUGGUCCACGUGAUGAUGUUACCUGCCCGUAAUUUAGGAUACCUCCAGUUCCACUUCACAGUCCUGAGACGAAGUGCAAAGAGAAAGCAUGCUGUGUCAAUAUUCAUCAUGUUUUGGUUCGUUUUGAAUGAGCAUCUGUACUUUUCAUUGCAGAGAGCUUGUGUGCAUAAGCCCUCUUCAUAUCUAUGUAUAUUCGGUUUCAGUUUGCCAUGUCCAUCAUACUACGAGGACAUCCAGAUCCGCCUUCAAACCAGUCAAAAGGAAGAAGACAACUCGCCAAUUCAAGACCUCUAGCAAAAGCUUCCAGAAAUACCGCCAAGAAAGCUACGGACAAGUCCUCCUAAGAGGUCUGGCUGGCCUCAGCCCGCUCCAGGCGCUCCAAGAACUUCUGUUUGAGAGCCUCGAGGCUCAUGCUACCCUCCAACGCGUACUCAACAAUAGUGUCAAUGGACUCUUUAACGACACUAUCAACUUCAGCCGUGUCCCGCGCACGCACAGGGCGACCCUCAGUCUCCGUCAGCUCGGCCUCGGCGGCGACCUCCGAGUUGUCUUUGACACUGUCCAUCACGUGCACGACACGUGUUUCCUUUCCGAGCGCAAACACGAGCAUGCCGUCCGUCUGGGCCUCCUGCUUUGCGACCUCGAGGUUCAGGGCGGCCAGGCGCAGGUUACGCUUUGCGGCGUACAUAGCCUGCUGCGACAUGGCUACUUCCUGGACAAGUCCUUCGAUGUGGUAGAAAUUGUCUACUUCAGCCUCGGUAGCGACACCCUCAUCGCAACGCUCGAGUAGGCCUCGGUAGGCUUGGAAGCGUUGGCCGUACUCGAUGCGGAGGCUGUGCAUUGCGUCACGAGUGGCCUCAGAGAGCGGGUCGUGCGGAAAGGUGGUGACAGGCGACAUCGUUGUGGCGGGUGCCUGCGAAUCUGGUCUGAUGAUGUUAGCUUUUGGUGUAGUGGGAGGAGUUGAGGUGGCUUCAAUGAAGUGAUGAGCUGGACACUGCAUGGAUUAUGUACCUUUGAUUCGGGUGGUGAU